ACUUCUUUCCUGUACCACAACGAGAAUCUCCUUCCAGGGCACCAUCACCAGCCUCUCCCUGCCCAUGUUGAGACGCAAGCAGCUGGUGCAGCAAGCACAGCUAGCAGAGCAAUGUGGCCGAUACAAGGACAUGGCCGCUGCCAUGAGGCAGCUUGUGGCUGAAGGAGGAGAGCCUUUAACCCAGGAAGAGAAGACUCUGCUUUCCAAGGCCUAUACCUUCGUAAUCCAGGAGCUUUGCUCUUCUUGGCGACGUCUAAAGAACUCAGUGGAGCAGGGAGUUGGAAAGGAGAAAGAACAAGCUGAAGCCUACCGUGAAACCAUAAAAAGGGAACUGGAAACACAAUGCUUGGAGAUUCUUGGCCUCCUAGACCAUGGGCUCCUAAAGCACUGCCAUGAGACAGAUAAGGGAAGCCGGGCCUUUUAUCUGAAGAUGAAAGGAGACAACUACCGCUACUUGGCAGAAGUGGCCCAGUCUGAUACCAAGGACAUGCUGGUGAAGUCUGCAGUGCAAGCCUACGAGGAGGCUCAGGAAAUCAGUGAACGGCACCUGGAACCAACUCAUCCACUGGCCCUGGCUGUGGCUCUGAAUCACUCAGUCCUUCAUUAUGAGGUUCUCAACAAUGCUGAGAAAGCAACAAAACUAGCCAAGGCUGCUUUUGAUAAGGCCAUUGCUGGACUGGAGACCCUCAGCCUUGAGUUCUACAAGGAAUCCACAGUCAUCAUGCAGCGCCUGAGGGACAACAUUGUGCAGUGGACCAGUGACCAACAUGAGGAAGUGGAGACCAACAGCAGAGAGGUUGAAGAUCAGUAGCGGGGGUGCAGAGACAUCCUGAAAGGAGCCAUAGGCUCUAACAACAAGUUAGCAGUUACAUGGAUGUCAUUAGCAUUUGCUUUACUGCUAUCCUGAGACCAAAUCCAUUCCUUAUCUGACUAAUGUGGGCACAGGUAACUCUAACUUCACAGCAGAAAUAAAAGCCCAUUGCUGAA